AUGGAGGUUGCAGUUGCCGAAUUACCAGUGCUGCCACAAGAUGUCCUGAUGUCCAUAUUUGCACACCUGGAGAUCCCUGACCUGAUGCGUGCCAGCUCCGUCUGCUCCUCGUGGCGCUCCGCGUAUUCCAGCCUGCGCAACCUUGAGCAGUACCAGCAGCGCCAGACGCCGUGCCUCUUAUACACAUCUGAAUCUGCUGGUGAAAGCAUUGCGUGCCUCUACAGCCUCUUGGAGAAGAGGUCAUACAAGUUGACUCUCCCGGAGCCACCUAUUCGCAGCAGGUAUCUGAUUGGGUCAUCAAAUGGCUGGCUGGUUACUGCUGAUGAGAGAUCCGAGAUGCAUAUUCUCAAUCCCAUCACAUGUGAACAGAUUGCUAUCCCGUCGGUGAUCACCAUCGCACAUGUGACUCCUGUUUUUGAUGAAAGAGGUGCCUUAUGUAAGUACAUUUCCUCUCGUGACACAGCGGAGCACCGUAGUACCACCGGCCCUCAACCCGUUGAUCUUGGCGAGCUGCAACACUACCUCCAGAAAAAGGCAUUUGUAUUUUAUGAUGCAUCUGCAGGAGGCUAUAUCAUGGUGCUUAUUCACAAUCCAGAUGGGCAGCUCUCAUUUGCUUGGUUAGGAGAUGACAAGUGGACCUGGCUGAAACCACAUUGUUUUUUUCAAGACUGCUUGUACAAAGACAGUAAGUUAUAUGCAGUGACAUUGCUAGGAGAAAUUCACGUCUUCGAUCUCAGAGGCCCUGUGGUCGCAGCAAAGGUAAUUACAGGCUGUGCAGAUAAUUACAGUUGUCGAACAAUUUACAUUGUUCAGGCUCCAUGUGGGGAUCUGAUGCAAGUUUUUAGAUCCCAAGAUGUGGUUCAUUAUGAUCCACGUGCUGACAAUGCAACACAUGUGCACUAUACUGAUGGGAUAAAAAUAUUUAAAGUUGAGAUUGUGGCUGAAAAGGUUAUGGAAAUAAAUAGCUUGAUGGAUCAUGUGUUGCUGGUUGGGCUGAACCAAUCACUUUGUCUCAGUGCUGAAGAAUACCCACAGUUGAAGGCCAACACCGUCUACGUUGCUGACGACCACGAGUAUCUAAACUAUUACAAGAAUAACCGCCGUGACAUUGCAGCUUUUGACUUGACACAUAACAGUAGUGAGGAACUUGACUCCCCUCAGCUUUGGUCCAACUGGCCUACUCCCAUAUGGAUAACCCCCAGUCUUACAAAAUGGCAUCCAACAUUGGACAGACAAUGA